AGUCGAUCCCUGCUCGUUAAUCCACGCGUUUCGACACGCUCGAGAGCCGCGCUCUGUUCUCCCGUUCGAUGUUCCAACGAUCGUGUCUCCAGCGUAGGAUAGGAUAUUUUGUAUCCUUCUCCCGGAGUUCGAAGGAUCUCGAGGGCGAGGGGAACGAAAGAGGUGCACGAACUGGACGAUGGAUGUCGUAUUGGGACGUGAGACGACUUUAUAUCGGGCGAAAAAGCCGAGCGAAGGAUAUUCGAAAAGACCGCCUCACGGAGGAUCAAUAUCACUGAUGGCAGCACCAGAGACAACCAAUCCAACCAGUUGACCUAAUAUUACCCACCGGUUAUACCACGUAUAAUUUACUUGUGAUUUACUUGAUAUAUUCGUGUCAUCCGCGUGCAUACACACCACACACAUACCACACACACAUACACACGUGAAACUGAAGUAUACGUGGAAUUAACUGAACGAGAGGAACCGCGUUAAAUGAAACGCGAAUUCUAAAAUACGAACGUGAUACGUCGCGUCGUGUGCAUUUCUUCGCAACUCGAGUGUGUUGCGCAUGCGACGAAACGUGAGUAACAGCGCUGGCCGAGCCGCUCCCACCAGAGAAUACCAGAGAAACCACGUCUCGAGACAAGAGGAGAGAAAAAAAUGAGAAUCCUCGCGAAGAUUUGAUAAAGUGAAAAAAAAAAGAGAAAGAGAGAGAGAGAAGAAUCCUUCGAAUGUUCGUAAAACCAUUGUCCGGCCGAAGAACGCUCGCCGUUUAUCCAUACGUCUACGCUACUUGGGCGAAGAUUGCUUCCAAGAAGACGAAGCCUUUAGCGUCGGAGGUGUUGACAAGCUACCUGCUUCAAUCGAAGGAGCCACCGUGGACGUCGUAUUUCGUGAGGUACGCCGAUGUGGUGAACGAUCAGAGGGGGAUGUCGCACUUCAAUUGGCCGGUGGGCAGCAGCAAUUACCACGUACUGAGAACCGGCUGCUUUCCAUAUAUCAAGUAUCACUGCACCAAGAGGCCGCGGCAGGACCUCACCACCGAGGACAAAUUUUUCAAGGCGAUCAAGCUUCUGAACCUUGGUAUACCAACGUUGAUGUACGGACUGGCAGCGACUUUAUUGAUCAGGCAUAGAGAAAUCGUGAAAACAGCCAGAGGGGACGUGGUGAUCCAUUUCUUGCUGCCCGAGGACAAGGGAUCGAUGUAUUGAGAUAUAUGCAUAUAUGAUACGUAUAUACCUGUAUUUAACACGAAUAAAAUUGUAAACUUUAAUAUGA